GACGAAAAUCUAACAACAGUUACAGUUAAACCAGGAGAGAAUCAAGACUAGUUCCGUCUCAAGUGUUCUUGUUCGCCGAAAAACUUACUGAGGCCGGUAAAGAUUUGAAAAGUGUUGUAAAGACGGCGUGUUUCUUUUCUGUCACAUGAUUUCCUGCACUUCUCUCUGAAGUACUGUUUUCUUCAGACAUAGCGGUGAAGAUGGCGUUAGCCCGCAAUGUUACCAAACACCGAAAGCCCCGAGGACGUUCACUUGAUCGGGGAAUAACGGUCAAGAGGGGACCGACUGUUCUGUAGCAGCGAUAUGAACUAAUGGAGAGUGUGAAUACUUCCGUUUAAACUCCAGGUUUGGACUGAUGAUCCCCCUAAGAGGCCUAGUAUGAACCAGAGGAGCAGUCCUGAAGUCCUGUGGAUUUCAUUGCCUCAGUUCUCUCCUGCUCCAUGUGACCGCUAUAAGCACGCUUGUUGUGCCUACAGAGGAAAUGUCUACCUGCUAGGAGGUAGAAGGAAGCAGUCCUUAAAGGACUUCUGGAAAUACAAUGUGGCACUCAACGAGUGGAAAGAAUUGGACUGUAGUAGUGACAAGGCACCUGAAGAAUUGGAGGAACACAGCAUGGUGGCACAUCAGGGUUUGCUCUAUGUUUUUGGAGGCUUGAGAGAUUCAGGAUAUUCAAACUCAAUAACACCUCUCUGGCUAUUUGACACAGGUAAAGAAAGGUGGCUACAUUUACAAGAGCAAAGUUCACCUUUUCACCAGCAUGUGGUGCCAUCCAAUAGAAAAGGACAUAGUGCUGUAGUGUUGGAAUCCUCUAUGUAUAUUUAUGGGGGAUACAUUGACAUGAGAGGGACCUCACAGGAAUUCUGGAGAUUAGACCUGGAUUCGGGGGUGUGGUCACUGUUGAGCAAUGCACCUGUAGGUCCUGGACCUAGGCAUAGUCACUCGGCCAUGGCCCACAGGGACUAUAUGUACCUGUAUGGUGGCCUGCAAGGCCUGAAGGAGCAGAGGGACCUUUGGAGAUGGAGCCUCAGCAGCCAGACUUGGAGCUGCAUCAGAGCUUCCUCAGGGCCCUCUAAACUGAUGGGCCACUCAGUGGGGGUCUACAAGGACAGCAUGCUGCUCUUUGGUGGAGGAGAGACCCAGAGUGCCCCCAGGAACUGUCUAUGGAAGUUCAAUCUGACCACAUUAACCUGGGAGAAGCUCCCUUCCCUGCCUGGCUUCACUGCUCCAUGCCGAGUUCACCACUGCAGCGUGGGUCUUGGCCCUAAUUUCCAGCCUGGACCACCCAAUAAUAUCAGUGCUACCUUCCCAUCAAAAAGCAUCAACAAGCUUAGACCUUUUAAGAACAAGUGUUUCCCAUCCAGUCCAUCCACAGGGCAGCCUGAAGAAGAUAUUGAACUUCAGACUAUACAUAUAGGGGAGAAAAAUGGGCAGGCUUUAAACAAGACUAAACCUUGGGAGAACUGCCUUACAUUUGAGAACCAUAAAGUUGUGCGAGAGACAGAGGAUAGUGAGCAUUCGGCAGAGGAGACAGAGGACAGUUUGGCCCAUGAAAUGCCUAACCUGCUGCUCAUAUUAGGGGGUAAACCUCUAACAGAGCAGGCUACCAUCGCAGUGUGGCAAAUGACACUGGCAGAGAGCUGACUUAGAGGAGGUGAGCCAUUAUGUAAGAGGAAACAGAAUGACUUUGAUUGUCCAGUACAAGCAAAAUGUUAAAGUACUGUUUGAGCCAGAUGUUAAUGCACUGUUGACUUAAAAUAUUUUACAAAAGCUUUUUAUAUGUUGUUUCAUAUAUACAUAUAUUUUUGUUUCCAUUGUUUUACUCAUCUUCUUCAGUACUGUAAUUCGCAAUGUUUAUUAUACUGAAACAAUAUAAAUUUUCAUAUACUUAACAUAUCUCAAAGAGAAA